AUCUCUAAUCUUCUCUGAUUUGUUUUCUCUUCUCUUUUUUAUUCCCAUUUAGAAAUCACCUAUUCGACCUUAUUGAUACCUUCCAUUGGGGAAUAAGUGACUUUCGAGUGUAAUAUUAGUUUCAUCUACUUUUCUAUUAACCACAAAUUCUCAAUUUCCAAAUCUGAUCUAAUAACAAUUCAUUUUCGACGAUCCUCUGUAAAUUCUGUUAGCAAUUUAUUUCCGUACUUGUGUGUUGUGUAAAUUGUUGUAAUUUACUAAUUUAGUAAUUUUAGUUUUCUCCUUCAAUUAUAUUUAUAGUUAUUCGCAAUUAGUGUUUUAUAAAAAAAAAAUGUCCGAAGGUGAUUUAAGUGCUGCUCCAGUUUAUGGACCUUUUUUUGGUGUCAUGGGCUGCGCUUCGGCAAUGGUUUUCUCAGCCCUUGGAGCCGCUUACGGAACAGCUAAAUCAGGUACAGGUAUCUCAGCGAUGGCCGUCAUGAGGCCGGAAAGAAUCAUGCAAAGUAUUAUUCCCGUCGUAAUGGCCGGUAUUAUUGCAAUUUAUGGUUUAAUCGUUUCUGCAUUGAUUGCUAACAAUUUAAAGGCUCCACCAGCGUAUAAAUUGUUUGAUGGUUUCAUCCAUUUGGGUGCUGGUUUAUCUGUGGGUCUUUCUGGUUUGGCCGCUGGUUUCGCUAUUGGUGUUGUCGGCGAUGCUGGUGUUCGUGGUACUGCCCAACAACCACGUCUAUUUGUAGGAAUGAUUUUGAUUUUAAUUUUCGCUGAAGUACUUGGUCUUUAUGGACUAAUCGUUUCUCUAAUUCUCAACACAAAAGCCACCGUUGCCUAAAUCACUCACCGAAAGAAAGAUAAAAGAUUAUCAUCACUAAUUAGUUAAUCACCUUUUCUUUUCUCUUUUCCUUUUCGUUAAAGUGAUUAACCUUUUAACCUGUGUUUCUAUUUCAACAAAGACAAUUCAGUUCAGUAGGAAAUAUGAUGAAAAAAUAAUAUCAUGAAACUGUUUUGAUUUAUACUAAAUUGUUUGAUCAAUAGUCGCGAUUCAUUUUGUUUAAUUGUAUAAUUAACUUAUCAAGAGGUGAAUGUUGUUUUUUUCAACUUAAAUUAUUCAAGAUAUCAAUUAAAUCAUUUUUAAUUUAA